GAGACGAGACGAGCAUAGUAUGUUGCUACUGGACGGGGACGCGCGGAGAGAGAGCCGAGGAAGAGGGAAACGGGAAACCCAACAACGGGCAGCGGCGGGCGACCGCGCGUGAAAAGACGCCCCCGAAAAGCUCUCUCUCUCUCUCUCUCUCUGCUGCUGCCUGCAGCUUUCCUUGGCCCAAAGUCCCAAGGAAAAAACACAGGGUAUGGGCUCCUGAGCAGCUGCUGCAGCUGCAGGCGGCGACCCACCAGUUCUCUUCUCUUCUCGACUCCUUGGUUCGUCAUCGCAAGCUCUCUCUCUCUCUCUGCUUUCCUCUGUUCCGCGGCGUUGGCGCCAUGAUGGACGGGGGAAUGGAUCAGGGGCGCUUUGAUCUCAUCAUGCGCCAUCAGCAGCAGCAGCAGCACCAGGGCUUCGGGACGAUGGCAGGGCUCGCCGGCGCCCCCUGCGACAGCGAGGAGGCGUUGGGGUCGUCGGAGUCGGAGCCGGCCGGCAGGCCGGCGCGGGCCCGCGGCAAGAGGGCCCGUGCCGCCGAGGUGCACAACCUCUCCGAGAAGAGGCGGCGGUGCAGGAUCAACGAGAAGAUGAAGGCGCUGCAGAGCCUCGUCCCCAACUCCAGCAAGACGGACAAAGCCUCCAUGCUCGACGACGCCAUUGAGUACCUCAAGCAGCUUCAGCUCCAAGUGCAGAUGUUGUCCAUGAGGAAUGGUUUGUAUCUGCCCCAAGUGAACUUACCAGUAGGAGCACCUGAGCCUCCAGCAGCACCACAAAUGCCUGCGACAGUUAACCAGAACAGUAUCGAAGCAUCAAACCCUCUGGUUGCCUUGCUGCCUAUGAAUCAAAUUUCAGGUGCUCAACAUUCAUUUGAUCCUCCGAACCAUGACCUACGGCAGCAUCAUGAGCCUUUUGUGUUGUCCGGUGUUCCUUGUACAACCACUCGAGGGCCUCGAUUUCCUCCGGGGUCAUCUCGGCCCGACCUUGAAUCCCUUCAGUUAACUGUAUCGGCCGAGAUGAUCCUUCAGGAGAAUGUAAUGUUAGAGCAUCGUCCAAGUUGUACACAACAUGCCGUUUCUGUGCCAGGGCAUGACAUGAAGCUUGUUAGGCAGGAAACACCCGUGCCACGGCCUGACCAUCCUGGUGGAUGUUCGAUCUGGAAAAGGCAAUCACAAGAGAUGAUGCCAAAAACUACAGAAAGCUUUCUGUUUAUGCCACACUUGCAUAGAUUUCAGAGCAGUGACGCUGACAGAGGUCUGAGGUCAGGAUCAAAGUAACUUGUCACAAAUGACUGAAGUAAUGGUGGUCAUCAGAAGCAGCUUGUCUAAUGCAGACUGUAGUAGCUAGCAACUGAUUAACAUUCUCAAUGUGAACUGUUUAAUCAUGUCAUGUGAAUAUGAUUCAUAUUAAGUACUCCAGUGUUGUAAGGCCAUAGACCCGUAUGUCACCAAUAUGAAUCGGAAGACUGGAUCAUAAGGAGUCCAUCUCCGAUUCCACAAUGAACUCUCUAAUUCAGACUUCAGAGAUACACCGUUGCUGAAUUUCUCA